AGCCUAGUUCACAGAGCAUUUUGCCACUGUCUCAUUUCGGAGUCAGAAAUAGUGGGGGCCUAGACAAGGAGAGCUCUCCACCCACGGAACGAAAACCGGAUGUUUGUGACUUGUGAAGCAAGCAGCUGUCACUGACCUAGCUAACGUUGGUAGCCUAGCGAGAUAACUUAUAGCAAGCCUUUCAGCGGGGAUCAAUUUCACAGCUUUUACGGAGGCUGGCUGAGCACCUGACAGAUUUUGUUCCGUGUGGAGUCUCAUAGUUCACCACCAUGUCUUCAGACCUUCUGGUUGACCUCAAUGAUGACCUUGGUGUAGAUGAUCCCUCCAGCAAUGCCCUGGACCAGCUCAAACUGUCUCCAAUGGGGGACAAGCUGUGGCCCCCAGAUGACUCCAGUAUGAGCAAGUCUGAGACGGACAUAUCCAAGCGGUUGGGGGAGGGGUCACACCUAUCCUGGGACCACCCAUACUAUGAUAUUGCCAGGCAUCAGAUUGUCGAAGUAGCAGGUGAUGAUAACUUUGGCAGGAAGGUGAUUGUCUUCAACGCCUGUCGGAUGCCCCCCCACCACGAACUGGACCACCACAAGCUACUGAUGUACCUGAAGGCUACCCUAGACCAGUAUGUUGAGAGCGACUACACCCUCAUCUACUUCCAUAAUGGCCUCACCAGUGAGAACAAGCCAUCUCUCAGCUGGCUGAGAGACGCCUACAGAGAAUUUGACCGGAAGUACAAGAAGAACAUCAAGGCACUGUACAUUGUCCACCCCACCAUCUUCAUCAAGACUCUUCUCAUCCUCUUCAAGCCUCUCAUCAGCUUCAAGUUUGGACGAAAGAUCAACUACAUCAACUACCUGAGUGAACUGGAGGACGUUGUUAAGUGUGAGCAGCUAGUGAUACCCACCCGGGUGCGAGACUAUGAUGAAAAAAUCAGAGCCUCACUGAAACCAUCAGUUCAGGCCCAGAUGUCCCCCCCUCGCAGUCCACCACUACCCAAUCAACAGUUUGGAGUCUCCUUGCCAAUGCUAAGAGCAAGAAGUUCUGACAACGAAGCAGUACCAUUGGUGAUGCGAGACACCGUGGCCUUCUUAAUGGAACAAGGCCUUGAAAUUGAGGGGAUAUUCCGGCGGUCAGCCAACGUGACGCUCGUCAAGGAUGUUCAACACAGAUAUAACUCGGGUGAGGAGGUGAGUUUUUCCCAGAUGGAGGACGUUCACCUGGCAGCUGUCAUCCUCAAGACAUUCCUCAGAGAACUACCAGAGCCCCUCCUCACAUACCAGCUCUACAAUGACAUUGUCAACUUCCACAAUGUUGACAGCAGUGCCAAAGUGACUGCGAUCCAGAACAUGCUGGCAAUGCUCCCCGAGGAGAACUAUACAUCCUUGAAGUUCCUCAUUGAGUUCCUGGUGCAGGUGUCCGCACAGAGUGAGAUCAACAAGAUGAACAACACCAACCUGGCAGUGGUGUUCGGACCCAACCUACUAUGGGGACAAGACGCUGCCAUGACACUCAGUGCCAUCGGCCCCAUCAAUAGCUUCACCAGAACUCUGUUGGACCAACACUACGAGGUCUUUUCUCCCUAAGACAUCUCCUGUACAGCUAUCUCUAACCACGCCCCAUUCAUGUUUAAAUCCCCAUCUCUGACCCCGUCUCUGUAUUGGUCUAGUACAGUGUAACUGUGUCUCUCCCAGUGUCCCCUAGUAGUGUUGCCAAAUGCAUGUGUGUAUUGUGACUGUGACUGAGGACACAGAGAGAGGAAAAAGACAGGGGAGACGAACCAUUGAAGAUGCCAAAAGUCGGGUUAGAAGUCCGGUAUGAAGGAGGCUUUAAUGUCUCCGCCAGAUAUCUUAUCACUCAGGAGAAGUUCAACACAGUGUACAUGAUUUGGUACUUUAAAACAAUUGGAAUAACCGAAACCAGUUCACAUCUGUUCUGGUUUGAAUCAUAUCAAAUAUUUAUUUUGAUGGUACAGAUUUCAGAGAACAUUUAUGCAAUGUUUUGUAUCUGGGGAGCAAGAUAUAUUUCAUAUUAAUUUACUUGGUAUGUCAAGUCCUAUUUGCAUUGGAACAAAUCAUUUUCGAAUUUCAUAAAUGAUCGGUCGCUGCAGUCAGUGAGCCAGUGUACUCUAAAUUCUAUCGGGAGUUUAUAUUUUGCCACAACUUGGUUAUGUGUAAAGCUACAGAGUAUAUAACUAAAUAAAACCAUGUGUAUUUAUGUUUUUUUUUUUGGGGGGGUCACAUAUCGCCUUACUUUUUAAAUGUUUACUCAUCUUACAAAACAUACUGGUAUCCCCUUUAAACAUUUCCAGCAAGCCUUUGUUCCUUUCUGCUGCAUUACGUUUGAUCAAUUUGUACAGGUCAACUAUAAAAUAAACUAUUCUUAAUCAUGUAACUUCUACAUUUCAUGUUAAGCCUGAUUAGCUUAGUCAAUGCAGGACAGUCUUUUCAUGACACAUAUUCUACUUUAAUUUGUGUAUUAUUACUCUACUUACAGCAGCUAUUCCUUGAACAUCAAUAUCCCUCUGUAAAGACUGAUGGCUCGUGUCAUUGCUGGCAAAAUAUCUUUCUGUAGCCUUAAAGUCAGUAAGGGGUAUUGGAAGGGCUUCUAAUCAUGGAUAGACUGAAAUGCUGUGUACUUACAGACCCCGGGGCUCUCAGGCUCUGCUGUAUUUCAUUUGUUUACUGUAUGUUAACUGUUUGGCGAGCUGUUUCUCUGCAUUAUUUUGCUCAUUUUAUUGACGUCUGUUGCAUUUUGUUCAAUACUAAAUUCAACUCAACCAAAGAAUUAUGGUUGCAUUGGAGAACACUAAGAUUUUUCCAUUUAGGUUAUUGUUUACCGUAACAUUUUUUUCCAUUUGCAAUGGCCAAACUUUUGGGAGUACAGCUCCUGUGCUUUGUAAUCCUGAAUGACUUUGUAAUGAACAUAUCCUGAACGAGAACCGUGCUAAUGUUAAGACUGAAUAAGUAAGAGUUCUGUUGUGCUUAGAUGUUUUGUCUAUUAUUAAAAUUCAUUUGUUUACGGUGUAUGAAAACUUCCUGGUCAUGUCAAUUAAACAAUUGCAUUGACAUGCGGAUCAGUGGCUUAGUAGAGCCUUUACAACCCCAUUUUGCGUCUGUGUGCCUUAAGGAAACAAACAGGCGAGGAACCAACUCCAGUCAUAUCUCGUUAAAAAAAAUUGUGCCCGUUUGUACUGUUUAUCUGUAUUGUCAAAUAAUAGUAUUUCCUGGUUGCUAGUGAAAAUGAAAUUUCUCGUUGAGUAUUUUACUGCAAUCAUUUUUUAUAUGUUGUGAAUAUAAAGUAUAAAUAAAAGGUGAUGGUUAAAA